CCCCGUCGUCUUUCCUAGAGCACUAGUUGCACUCAUCACCACACGACGACUUGUAUUCAAGCCCAUUAAGAACUUGCAAAUUCCAUACUGCUAGCUGACGGAUCAAUCUCUAAUAGUACAUCAUAGGAACGUCAAGUGCCUUGCCCACUUCAGCAAGGUAGAUCUGACAGCCAUGUCGUUUUACCCACGUCUGCCUGAUGAGCUGAAGCUCAAUAUCUGGGAGAAAGCCAGCCUGCCAGCUGGCGUUCAUCGCUUCACGAUGAGGACAUACGACGACAACUCUUUUCUGGGUAUCGAGAUUACGCCGAUGCGCGGCACGUUCCGAAGUGACCCGUCGGCCUGGCGAGCGAGGGAGGUACUCGGACGGGUCGACGGCAUCGCAGCAGAAGUCGCCGUGCAGCAAAUCCGCAACGGCACGCCUCAUGUAAUCGAACUCUCUAAAACCCCCAACCGGCAGGGCGUCGUACCGCACCGGUUGAGCAGACCUAGGGUUGCGAUUGAUGCCGCAAAUGAUCUCGUCCACUUCGAGGUUAUCGGCGAGGUCUGUAGCGCGGAAAUAGCGCCCCUCAAUCCCGCGCGUCGUAUUCUGAGACCGACCCGAGUCGCCAUCGACUUUAAGAAGCCGCGCAUCAGCGCGAACGAUUACUUUGACACAUUCAGCUGUGUUUGCGAUGUUGACGAUCCGGAGGAGGAAAGCCACAAGGCACUCUGCCCAAUCAAGGUCGCCGAAUUCAUCGCCUUCUUCCCUGAACUCGAGGUGUUCUAUAUUGCCGUCAAGCUACACCUUCGCAGUGUCUUGUCGUUAAAAAAAAGAGGCACCAAGAGAGCCCACGACGGUCAAGCGGUGGAGAACGCGUCGGAGCAGGAGGAUGAGAAAGACAAGGUCUCUGUUGCCCUGGAGAAAUUCCGACGCGCCGCGCGGCUCCACAACCUCGAUGUUUUCCAGGACAGCGAGUACACCUACUACGAGGUGCGAGAGUGCGACACCGGGUGCCUCGCCGCCGACGAAUACAUCUGGGACGCCGCUAAGGGGACUGAGGUGGUAUGCCAAGACGAAGAAGAAGGCAUAAUCGGCGACCGCCGAAGACGAGAGGCAUUCCGAUGCAAGGUCCUGGUGUACUGCGAGACCGAGCGUCCGGCCAACACCUCGGGACGAGCCGGCGGAUCGGCACCGCACGAGCUUCAGUAGCUUCGGGGCGGACAGGGAGGGCUUCUCUGGCUUUCGAGAGCCGGAACUGCCCCUCUGAGCUGGAGACGCGGGUUGGUCCCGUGAACGGCAGGCUGGAGUGGGAUGGAGGGAAAAGCUGGCGCGACGCCGAGGGAUCCGGUCUGCGUUCAGCAGAACCGCGGACUGGGGCCCUCCUCCUAUCAGGACGGGUAUAUCUGCUCCGUCUUUUUUUUUUUCUUCACUCUCUCCCCUCAACACCAGGACACGAGGCAGCCAGUGGCGGUCCUACACGGCAACACGUAAUUUUUUUCUCGUUUUUCUACUCGGGGUGUGUUGCCCGUGGACUGGAUCAGCUGGCUGCUGAUGUGCCUACCUAAUUGCUAAUAGUUAAUAUUGGUCCCCGGGCCGUAAGCCCAAGGGGGGGACUGUGAGUACUGACUGAGGCCGAGAUCGGCCCCGUCAUCAGGG